UAAAUGACAAAAACGUUUGAAUAACGAGCGUUCAUUAUGAGUCUAUCACUCUUAAAUGUAGGCCAAUAGCACUUGAAAAUCGACUUAAUAUCCAUUUUCGAAUAAUAGUUGACUAUUCGCGAAAAAGAAACAGUAAAUAUUAGCGGAUAAUCACGUGGUGACGAGGGGGAUGGUUUAAAGUUGAAAUAUUACGAUUAAAAUUUAUCAGUGAAUGAGCUACGAUGAAGUAUUUAUUUAUAUUGCUGAUUGCCAUAUUAGAAUUCGGACAAUUUACUAUUGGCACAUGGGAUAGUGGACUGAGUUGUCCGCCGGUGUCUUUGAUGAAUGGUAAAGUUCAGAUGAGAAGACGCGGAAAAAUUAUACGAUUUAAAUGCUACGAGGGUUUCACUCUUAUUGGAGAUAAAUAUUCCACCUGCAUCCGUGGUAAUUGGGAUACUACAAUACCCGUUUGCGUCAAUUCUCGGUGUCCACCAUUACCCACUCCUGACCACGCGCUUGCUGCAUCGAAAUAUGAUGGAGCAGUACUUAUAUUUUUUUGCGAGCCCGGAUAUCUACUCGUUGGCAAUGUUGAAAUUUAUUGCAAUGGAAAGACCUGGAAUGGCACAGCACCUCACUGCAGAGGUGGCAAUCUCUCAGCACCGACAAAGUGUGAUUUUGAAACCCCAGAUCUGUGUUGGUGGGAACAGGAUCCCAAACAUGACUUUGAUUGGCGCAGACAUAAUUUUCAGACACCAAGUUCGCAUAUUAAUACUGGACCUACGUACGAUCAUAACUUCGGCCCUGGAAACGAUGGGUAUUAUCUGUACAUUGAAGCAUCUGGGAGACUUCUCAAUGAUUCAGCCCGAAUUAUAUCACCACUCUAUAAUGCCUCACUGACCAAUUCUGGAUGUUUUUCUUUCUGGUAUCACAUGUAUGGAGUUAACAUCGGUGCAUUACGAAUUUACUUCAAACUGGAGUCAGAUCCUGAUAAUCCUGAAUUAAUGUUCGAAAAGCAUCAUAAUCAAGGCAAUAAAUGGCUCCAUGGAAUUUUCAAUCUUCCCAAAACGAGUGACAACUUUCAAAUUGUUAUUGAGGGCAUACGGGGUGCCGGUUAUGAGAGUGAUUUGGCAGUGGACGAUGUGGCCAUUCUGCAAGGUGCAGAGUGUUUGCAAGGGCAGACACCCAACGACAACAUAACGCGCACAUCUGUAGCAGAUAACAAUGAUCAAAUUGAAAUAGUCAAUGCUGCACAGAGCUGCCGAGGGAGAUGUGGUAAUGUAAAAUCCACAGGCACAUGGACAACUAUAAUACCACUGACGUCGCCUGACGCAUGCCAUUGUUCCGACGACUGUGCUGAUAAUUCCACAUGCUGUCCUGACUUUGCUGAGUACUGCGUUCUAGCCCCUAGCGCAGAUGACUUAUACACAGCAUCAACUGGUAAUGAUGGAUUGACAGUGGGACAUCAUUACGUUUCAACACCUGUCGAGCCCAAAGAUGAACUGGAGCCUUACACAACUAAAUUGACUCUUCCAAUGACUAAAAGCCCAAUCCACUCUGAAACCUCAUUUACGUCAUUUAAGACGACUCAUUCGGAUGAGACAACUGAAACACAAUUCGCGAUACAGCAUGUGCAACAAGUGCAAUCUCACGCGUCUUUGAGUUCAACUGCAAUCAUCAGUAUAAUAGCAGCUCUCGUAGCAUUCGGAGCAGUUGUAACUAUUGUCAUUAUGUUCAUUUGGAGCUGGCGAAAAUCAUACGUACGAAGUGCUAAAUCGAGUAAAGGAUCUGGAUUAUCUGAAGACAGUGACGUUCGAUUUCUUACGUCUGACGAAAUUCUGGAUUUCAAUUUGGCACGACCAAGUGAGAACGAUGAUCCAUGAAUAGCUCCAACAGUUCCACCACCUCUGAGUUAUACUUUAAAACUUAUCAUUACUAACAGGUAAUUAGUAUUAUUUUUUACCAGUCAUUUUCAUGUGUGUAAAAAUAAUGUGAAACAUGUAGCUUUCUGUUUCGAAUUUAUUUAUUUGAUUUUUUCAUUUAUUUAUACUCGCUGAAGCUCUCAAUCAUAGUAACUCUAAUUGCGUGGGAAUAUCGUACAACGAAUUAUUGAAAAUUAAGUAGUGAAUUCAGUCUUAAAUAAGCAAUAUUAAUAUUGAUAAAUGUUCUUGAAUGUGGGUGAAAUUUCAAUGACCGCAUAAUAAAUAAGAAUUUACGGUAAUAUUACUGGACAUGUAGCCACUUAAAGGCAAAUUUAUUAUUAAUUUAUUAUGAUGACUUUGGAUAAUUCGGGGUGGGCUUAUUGAUGGUUCCCCAGAAGAGGAUUAAUCGUGAUGGCCCAUGUCUAAUAAAAAAUAUAAAAGGCCUAUUGGCUACGUAAAGAUAUGCGGUGCGUAGAACAGCAGCACUGCUAGCAGCUGCUGCAAUCGUACCAGUUUCUGUCACAUCAAUUUCAACUUUAUGGAUAAAAUCCGAUGCAUACAAUCCAGGAUUGACAAGAUCAGCACUAUUUCUCAGUGCAUCAAGACCAUAACUCGAAAAGCUCUGCCUCUCACUAAAUCUCCCUCCACCCGAGGCAGAGGGAGGAUUUACCUGUCGUUUGUGGAGUCUAGAAUUUUUUUCAAUCUCUUCACCUGAUAAUUGUCUUCUGCGUCGUUGGGAUUUUGGAAUUUUUUCAACGUAAACUCCGUUAUUCCACUGUUGAAUUUUAUAUCCACCUCGUUUAUCUUCGUACCUGAAGUAGUUGCUUCUUCCUGUGAAGUUGCCACUCGGCUUUUCACCAGUGACAGAAGAGUCUUCGUCAUUGAUUCUCGUGAAGAUGAAUGGAUUGGUGGUUGCAGUCGCUGGAGACGGACUACUGGAGCCAGCAGAGAGGAGUGCCAGGUUUGCUUGCUUGGGAUGAAAGAGUGAAGUCAGACCCAGUGACUCAAAGACACGUUUCAGGUGCAGACUACUCGUCAGCUUCAUCCUUGGCAGUCCUACAAGACAAUAUUGACUUUCCGUUUUCAAUAUGAGUUGUUCAAUAAGUUCUGGGGUCAACGUGGAAUGCAAAGCGUUUAGAGCAUUUGGGUCUGUAGAUCUUGGCAGCAGAAUGUACAUCGUCGACUCGAAGAGUUCAAAAUCAGAUGGCUCAGCCUGAAAACAGUGAAAUCAUUAUUUUAUCUGUUGAAUUUUAGCAGAUGUUUGAGCAGCUGAACUCACUGGGCUUUCAGCACUAUUUUUGUAGGGAAGUCCCAGAAUUUCUAUGCCCAGUUUCUGGUCACGGUGGAACGGGAAAAACCCAGCAUUGUACAUCAUGUCGACGUCAACGGUUUGUCCAGAUGGCAACGUAAACGGUUUCCUGUCAUAAACAAAGAAUCACGUCUGAAAAUCAUUUACAUUCGCUUGUAGCUACUUUUCUAAGAGCCAAGUAUAGGUAUUAUUCUUGGAGAGAACAAAAAAAUAUGUAUAUGUGCCCCCGGGCCAGUGAUUAUUACUCCCAUUCACUAUUCUUAACCGUUCGGUAAACACAGCGGGAACACACAUCGAAAAAAAAAAUCCACAUGAGAAAGAAUAUUCCCACAUGAUUUGUCAGUGGAAAAACCCAACGUACAGUAUGACUCUAGAAACAUUGCCCGAUGAUUUUUUUCUAAAUUUAUCAUUGUUUCCAGAGAGAGAAAUAUUCAGGGGAAUUACACGGAGAGAAUUAAGAAAAGUUACUCAUCUUCACACGGACACAUUUUACAAAAAUCACAUAUUUGUUUUGCUAUCUUAUAGCGAGGUGUAGUUGCAGGAAAUUUUGCAGAGCUGACAGAUAAUUUUUCGGGAGUUUAUUUUUAUCCUUUUUCUGGUAAUUUUUAUUUUGUUGUUCUCUCGGUGUUUACUUCUAACUUUGCAGAUUUGAGAUUCUUCGAAAUUAAAAUUCACGAACCGUUUGGUGGUGUUGUCGAGAAAAUAUUUAUUCCAUUCGGCAUUGAAGUACAAGGAAGAAGCGAAAAUAGCUCUGGUCUCGGAAGAUGGGGUUUGUUCCAGAAUAUUUUUUAUCUUUCCAUGGGUUUUCAUGUCUACCCAGUUGUUGAUGAUUCUCUGAGCUGACGCUGAUUGUCUCGCAAAGUCGACGUUGUUUACCUCACUGUUAUAAACUCGUUGACUGAUUGAUAAAAAUUCUGGACGAAUGGGAUAGCCAGCCUG